AUGGAAGAAGUCGCGAGGUUCAUCAAGGCAUGGAUUAUAGCCAUAAUAUGCCUAUGCUAUUGUUACUACACAACAGCCAAAAUUCCCAAAGGCAUUCUCAGGCUUCUCUCACUCCUCCCUGUCGUCUACAUCUUCAUCAUCCUCCCCUUCAAUCUCACCUCCGUCCAUCUCUGCUCAGCCACUACAUUCCCUCUAGUUUGGCUUGCCAACUUCAAGCUCCUCCUCUUCUCCUUGGACCAUGGCCCCUUAUCUCCACCCCCACCAAAACUUCUCCAGUUCAUCCUUCUAGCUUGUCUUCCCAUUCAACUCAAGACCAAAAAUAACAGCAACCCAUCUCCACAAAUAAGCUUAUUUACAAGCUACUAUUACAUACAUCUGAUGCACCCCUACGUCGUUUUCGCUUUAUAUUGCGCCCACACUUACCUUGAAUUAGAAUUUGUGCUAGCCAUAUUUGGAGUUCUGGCUCGUGCGCUUUUUGGGUUCGAGCUUGACCGGCAAUUCGACGAGCCUUACCUUUCUUCCUCACUUCAAGACUUUUGGAGCCGUAGGUGGAAUCUCGCGGUGACAAGUAUUUUACGCUCAACUGUAUAUUUUCCUACACGAUAUUUCUUUAAGCGUAUAAUUGGUUCAACAGGAGCCACGUUGGUAGCUGUCAUGGCAUCAUUCUUAGUAUCGGGUUUAAUGCACGAGAUCUUGAUUUGUUAUGUGACACAUGUAAGUCCUACAUGGGAGGUAACGGGUUUCUUUGUCUUGCAUGGAUUCUGCUUGGCAAUCGAGGUGGCGGUGAAGAAGGUGGUGAGGGAUAGAUGGAGGAUGCCGGUGAUUGUUUCAAUGCCAUUUACAAUGGGUUUCAUUGCUACUACGAGCUUUUGGUUAUUUUUUCCUCAGAUAUUAAAAAAUGGAAUAGAUGACAAGAUUAUAAGAGAACUCUUAAAUAUUGUAGACUUCAUUAAAGGCACAAAUUAA